GACAGAAGGGCUUAAAAAAAGGGUGGGAAAGCCAGAAAGCAGUAACAUCCCUCAAGUGAAUUCCAAGGAGGCUACAAGUCAACCGAAACAACUAAAAGAACUCUUUUUCAUCUGCCAGAAUCAUCUACCACUGCUUCUUUCUUUGACUGGUGGCUGAAUUUUCGAAGCAGUCUAAACUUAGGCAGAAGCACCCGUGAAAUCAACCUGAGAAAGAAAGAAAGAAACCACCAGGGAGCUUCUAUUUGAAUCAACUUUUCACCACAUCCACCGAAAGAAUUUCUCUGCCUUUUUCUGAAGCCAAACCAUCCACCAUGAGCUCUGAGCAACUGGUACGCGAUGUGGAGAAAGGGAACAUAGUUGUCAUCCGGGAACCUGCUCAGAAGAACAACCACUGGAAGUGUCUCAGCAUCUGCUCCUUCUUGCUUCUGAUUGGAGCCGUAACCGUCUUUGCCCUCUUGCAACUGGACGCAUUUGGGUCUUCUGGAAAUCAGGACUCUAAAGUACAGGGAAAUUCAUUUUCUGAUCAUUUGCCCGCCACGAUGAAAGUGCAAGCCUUGAGGUCUAGAAAACCAGCUGCCCACGCUGUUGCUUCUUCCCACAAUACAAAAGAACUGAAUUGGACUACAGAUGUGAUUCCUACCUUCCUGGAGAAUGGCAUGCAGCUGGAUAAGAGCGAAAACUCCUUCGUCGUGCCUUCUACCGGAUUGUACUUUAUCUACUCUCAGCUUUUGUUCCACAAGGACAACUGCAAGACGCCCCUUCUGCUCACCCACAGCAUCGUCCGCCGGUCAUCCGAGAUCAGCGUCGAGGUAGAAUUGCUAAAAUCCAUCAAAUCUGUCUGUGAACAGGUCUCCAGCAACAAAAAACUGUGGUUUGAAUCUAUUUAUCAAGGGGGCGUCUUCCAUCUGAACCAAGGGGCUCGCUUGUGGUCCAAGACAAAUCACCCUGAAUAUCUGGACUUCACUCAUUCGGCACAGAUUUAUUUUGGGGUCAUUGCUAUGUAAAAAAAAAAGACUUUAUGAUGCCUAACCACAUCUUCAUUCAUGUACUUCAUGUAUCUUGGGUGUGGGUUUUUUCCCCUCUCCUACUUACAAGAGAAGCCAACAAAGCCUAUACGUAGGCAGACAGUAUUAGCAUCCUUAGUGUGAGUCUUUUCUAAACUAGAUUUUUAUUUAUUUAUUAAUAUUUAUUUAUUGAGCUUCUCCUAUAAUCUUGAAAUGUCAGCUCCCCCCCUCAUCCCCUGUGUAGGAGAUCCUUGUAAAAAGACAGCACACUUUUUGCAGGCAAUAAAUGCAUACACAUGUAACAAUUUAGUUGUGGUUCCCCGUUAGGUUGGGUUCAUGUUGAUGACCCUGUAUUUGGGACACUGCAAAAUGCUUUUGUGGCUAUCUUCAAACAGGAUUUCCAUUCCUUUGUCCCCCAGUCUAGGUUAAGAUUUGAAUAUUUACAUACAUGUAUAUAUAUACUAUGUAUAUUUGAUACCAUUUGACUGUGUUGAUUUAAUCAUGUAUAUUACAUGAGUUAUCCUGAAUUUUGGGGGAGAGGAUAAUACUGGGCUAUGGAUCCUGGUCCCCCCCCAGCUAACAGUACAAUCCUAUCCAAGUUUAUUUGGAAACUUCUAAUAUUCUCUCUUCGAUUGUACUGCUUUAGUCUGAUGUCAGAAAGUCUGACAUUUUUGGUAUUUCAUUGGCACCGAGUAGGUUUUUGGCAGAAAUGCCUUACGGUACUCUACAGGUUGCCAUGAAAAAAAUGUUUUUUUAAUGUAUAAGUACUACAAAUAUAUUUUUAUUAGAAAAUGGCUUAUUUAUUUAUUUAUGUAUUUAUUUAUUUGUCUAUUUAUUCUGUUCCGAAUCUCUGCUCAGCAGAGUGUGUGAAAACAUGUACUGCUAAGAUAAUAUAUACUUUGGUUUCACUCUGUAUUUAAA